AUGAGCGGCCCUCCACCUCCCCCGAACAAACUACCUCCCAAUGUCAUACAACAGCAACGCCAGCAAGCCGCGGCGCCGCCGGCACGUCCCACGCCGCCAGCCUCAGGCCUCCGCUACCCAACCAACAAGAAAACAAUCUACGACCGCAACCUGCACCGCAGCAAAGGCGCCGAGCUAAGCCGCGCAGCCUUUGCCUACCUCUUCGUAGAAAUGAUCAGCUACGCGCAAAAGCGCGUGACCGGGAUUGCGGAUCUCGAGAAAAGGCUCAAUACGCAGGGCUACCCGCUCGGGCUCAAGCUGCUUGAUUUGCUCCUGUCCCGGCAGUCGUCGUCUAGUAGCUCCUCUACUGCCUCGCUGCGACCCACACGCAUUCUGGCGCUUCUCCAGUUCAUCACGACGACGCUCUGGCGCCACCUCUUCGGCCGCCCGGCUGACGCGCUCGAGCGCUCUGCGACGGAGAAGGAGCUCUAUAUGGUCACGGAUAACGAACCGCUUGUGAACACUUACAUCAGUGUGCCGAAGGAGAUGAGCCAGCUCAACUGCGCGGCAUACGUUGCCGGGAUCGUGGAGGGAGUGUGCGAUGCGGCGGGCUUUGCGACGGAAGGGGUCAGCGCGCAUAGUGUGGGGGUUGAAGAGCAAGGGGACGGUGAUGGUGGUGGCGGUGGAGGAGGAGGCGGAGGGAUGUGGCCUGGAAAGACGAUUUUCUUGAUCAGGUUCCGUCCGGAGGUCAUGGAGAGGGAGGAGAUUCUGGGGAGGGGAGGCUGA